CUAAACGUAGCCAUUUUCAUUUGUGGACCCGAACUAGCUAGCUAACGCUAUCACUCAGUACAAACCUGCAUAUGUAGCUAGCUAAUGCUAUCUCCCAGUACAAACCUGCAUAUGUAGCUAGCUAAUGCUAUCUCCCAGUACAAAGCUGCAGAUGUAGCUAGCUAAUGCUAUCUCCCAGUACAAACCUGCAGAUGUAGCUAGCUAAUGCUAUCUCCCAGUACAAACCUGCAUAUGUAGCUAGCUAGAUCAAUAUCAUUACACCAAGUCGUUUUACUUGAACUCGAGGAAGAGUGUGGAAAUGCUGCGACUGUAGGAGAGGAGGAGGAGAGCGAACAGACAGUCAGUGGACCAGUAUGCACUAUGACAGAAGAAGGGUGGGUCGGGGAGACUGCAACAGCUCCUCCGACAACGACUACCGCUACAUGGACUACCGCGGCUACGGACAGGAAGAGGCGGAGCCGGGGUCAGGAUAUGACUUCAGAGCUGCCUCCGGCCACGGGGACCAAGCCGACCGACUGGCGUGCGUCCGGGAGUUCGCGACCCCGGGCCGUCUCCACGACAACCGGCCGGGGUUCCGUCAGACGCGUCGGGGAAGAGGGGAAGGGGGCGGUCCGGGUCGUGUGGGUAAAGGGUUACUAUCAUCCUGCCCCCCUCGAUCCCAGGUCCUACUCCAGCCAGAGGUAGCCCUGCCCAGGCUGCAGAGAGAGGAGAGCGAAGAAGAGCAAUACAGGAGAGACUUCCAGAGCUUCAGGCCUGGGUCCGAGGCCGGAGGAAGGGGGGGAUACCCAGAUAACCACACCUCUCACCCAGGGGAGAGAGAGAGAGAGGGAGACUGGGGGAGGAUGGAAGGUGGAGGACAGGAGGAUUACAACACCGUGAGAAGAGGACCAGGGGUGGAGAAGAGGUUCCCCAGAGGAGAAGGACUAGGGAAGAGAAAGAGUUUCUCUAUGGGUUGUCCCGGUGAGGACCGUGAGGGUCCUGGGUUCCUAGGGGGCCCAGAUCCCACCUCAUCCUCCUCCUCUUCCUGUAUAGAGCACCCAGUUCAGAUGGACUACAGACCAGACGUCCUGCACCUCAACCAGAGACCCUCCAACAUCAUCAUGCUACGCAUGCUGCCACCCAACGCAACCGCCAACGAGAUCCGUGCCCAGCUUCAGGACCAGGGGAUUGACCCAACAGAGGUUGUGAUUCGCCUGAUGACAAACAAGUCUUCAGGUCAGAGCCGUGGAUUCGCCUUCGUGGAGUUUAAUCACAUACAGGAGGCCUGCCGCUGGAUGGAGACCAAUCAGAUGGUUCUGUCUGUCCUAGACCAGAGGGUGUCUAUGCACUACAGCGAACCUAAACCACGGGCCAACGAGGACUGGCUCUGUAACAAGUGUGGCGUUCAGAACUUCAAGAGGAGAGAGAAGUGCUUUAAAUGUGGUGUUUCCAAAUCAGAGGCAGAGCUGAAACUGCCCCAGCUGAGGGAGUUACCCCUGGAGGGAUAUCAGAAGGAUGGGGCCCAGGGCUUAUUGCCCAUCCCUGUCCUUUACCAGCCUGCUGCUGCCGCCACCUCUACUGCCCUCACCAAUGCCGGGGCAACUAACACACAACCGCCUGAGGUGGCCAACGACACUCUGAUCCUGAGGAACCUGGGUCCCCAUACCUCCCUGGAGUCCAUUCUGUCUACUCUGGCUCCCUUCGCUACUCUGUCCCCUUCUAAUGUUCGACUGAUCAAAGACAAACAGACACAACUCAACCGGGGAUUCGCUUUCCUGCAGCUGUCUACUAUAGUGGUGAGGAGAUACCUUCAGCUGUCUACUAUAGUGGAAGCAUCUCAGCUGCUCCAGAUCCUCCAGGCCUUACAGCCAAGUCUCUCUAUAAACGGGAAGGCCAUCUCUGUCGAGUUCGCAAAGGGAUCCAAACGUGAUGUGUUUCUGACUGAUGGUAGUAGAGUGAGUGCUGCGACAGCUGCCAGUACAGCCAUCGCUGCUGCACAGUGGUCCGUUACCCAGAAGGCCCAGUCCCUGUCCUCUACCUCCCGGCAUGGUGUGGAUGUGGGGUUGUACCACCAGGGGGCAGCAGUAACCCUAGGAGUCUGUGAAGAAGAGGAGAACCUGGACUACACCGUGGGGCCUGAGGGCCCGGACUACAAGGCCCAGACAGCAGUGGUCUCGUCUGGAGUGGACGGCGUACAGCUCUCUUCGGGACAAUCACAAGCUCCGCUGAUCACUACGGCAACCACACAGCAGGUAGAGAUAGUGGGUAAGCCUCAGCCUGCUACUCCCACCCACCCUGCCACCCCUGGAACUGCACACGAGUACCAACAAUACCCGGUACCGGACGUGUCCACCUACCAGUAUGAGGAGAGUUCUGGCUACUACUACGACCCUCUAACUGGACUCUACUACGACGCCAAUUCACAGUACUACUAUAACAGGGUCACUCAGCAGUAUAUGUACUGGGACGGAGAGAAGCAGACAUAUAUUCCAGCUCCCGCCCAAUCAACUGAGGCUGUCGUUGCCCCCGGUGAUAACCCCGCCCCCUCCAACCCCCCCUCUGCUGCCCUCGGAGGCAAGGAGAAGAAAGACAAGCCCAAAAACAAGACCGCACAACAGAUAGCGAAGGACAUGGAGCGCUGGGCUAAGAGUCUGAACAGACAGAAGGAGAACGUUCGCUCUCUCUCCUCUUCCUCCUCUUCCUCCUCCGUGACCCCUGUGACCUCUAUGGCUCUUUCCCCUGGUUACACCGUGGCGCCUGGACACGGUCGCCUUGACGACCGCAGAGAGUCCGCCAGCGCAGACGCCGGAUAUGCUGUCCUGGAGAAGAAGGGGGCGUUGUCUGAAAAAGCUCAGAUCAUCCUGGACCAGCUCAGACACACAGAGCGCUCCCCUCCUCAGGUGCAGGGUUUGGUGCCGGCCUACAAUGGAGAGACGGACAGCGAGGGAGAGGAGGGAGGAGAGAAGGAUGAGAGGAUGACAGACUGGGCUAAGCUAGCCUGUCUUCUGUGUAGGAGACAGUUCCCCAACAAGGAAGCUCUCAUACGACACCAGCAGCUCUCUGAGCUACACAAGCAAAACCUGGAACAGAGGUCGUCUCAGCAGGAGGGCGGAGCGGGAGAGAGGAGGGACAAAGGAGGUCUCCUCACCGAACCACCAGACCCGAAGAAGAGGAAGUACAGCCCCCUUGAUGGUACGGCUGGCAGUAGUCUAGGCGCCAGGAUGCUGCAGGGAGGGGUGAAGAAUGGCCUGCUGCUACGUAACAUGCAAGUGGACUGACCCCAGACCUCUUACCUCUAGCCCCUGACUGUUAACCCGCUCCAGGGUGAAGUGUCCCCUAGGUCUGUACAGAUCUAGGAUCAGCUUCCCCCUUCCUGAAUCCUAAUCUAUUUUUUAACAUGUUUUUUUAAAUAAAAACUUUUUACCACUUUUUCGUGGUAUCCAUUUGGUAGUUAGUUUUGUCGGUACGGACUCGGGAGAGGCGAAUGUCGAGAGCCACGCGUCAUCCGAAACACGACCCAGCCAAGCCGCACUGCUUCUUGACACAGCGCCCACUUAACCCGGAAGCCAGCCACACUGAUGUGUCGGAGGAAACACAGUACACCUGGCGACCGUGUCAGCGUGCACUGCUCCCGGCCCGCCACAAGGAGUCGCUAGUGCGCGAUGGGACAAGGACAACCCUCCCCUAACCCGGACGACACUGGGCCAAUUGUGCGCCGCCUCAUGGGUCUGCGACACAUCCUGCUGCAACACAGCCUGGGAUCGAACCCAGGUCUGUAGUGACGCCCUCUAGCACUGCGACGCAGUGCCUUAGACCAUUGCACCACUCAGGAGGCCCCCGAAUCCUAAUCUUAACCAUUAGUGGGAAAAUCUAUAGAUAGACAGACAGAUAGAUACUCAAAUCUGAUCGCUGCACAGGAAGAGGAUAUGACAUCAACGCUAUAGGAGAUCAAUAUGGAGCUCACCAACAGCCAUGGACGACAGAGAAAGGACAUUUUGAUUCACUAAAGAUAACCACUGGCACAAACGAUUCUCAACAUAUAUGAUAUUAUAAGCAAUUUUACAUUACAAUAGAAAUGAUAGGCCUUCAAUCUGUUACAUUCACUGAUAACAUUGACUCUACAUUUGACGUGAAAACAAGUCCUUAAUAAGAGCAUUUAGUCCCCAGAAGGGAAAAGGUUGGCAACCACUGGUCUAUACACCACCUUUGUUUGAUUGGAAACGGUACGUAAUGCUGUGAGAGUUUUAUAUUGAUACUUAACAAAUAGGAAGACAUUUCUGUCUGUGUUUUCAUGGGCUACACUCUAGUUCCCUGCAGAUAAUCUGGGCGUAUGGUCACCCGAGAUGGCUUGAGCUGACAAAUGAGUUAUAGACUGCAUUACAGAGACAAUAAUGUGUUUUUACUAGAGAAAGCUUAGGAGUAGAACGAUCCCUCAUUGUCUCUAAAUCAUCCUUGCGACUGGGAAACUAAGCCAGGGUGGGGGUUAAGACAACAACCCCCUGCAGAUAACGACAGGAUGAACCCAGAGUGACUUAUGAUGCUCCUUGGUCUGCAUGGGAGGGGUGGAACCAGCCAUGACUAAGCAUUCUUAGUGUCAGCUGUAUGAAGAACUCUGCUUGUCUGUAAAAGUUAGGCUGCUCGGCCCAACAGUCAAUACUGUGGGGUUGACUAGUCUCAUUAUUGCAAUAACUAAUCAAUGUUAAAUAAAGAUGAUUGUUUGAAGAAAUGA